UUUGGCAUGAGCCCAGCUAUAGGACAUCUUGACUUUUAUCCAAAUGGAGGACAGCAAAUGCCAGGGUGUGGGAAGAACCCUGUUUCACAGAUUGUAGAUCUUGAUGGCAUCUGGGAAGGAACUCGGGACUUUGUGGCCUGCAAUCAUCUGCGGAGUUACAAGUAUUACUCUGACAGUAUUAUCUACCCCGAUGGAUUUCUAGGCUACUCUUGUGCUUCUUAUGAUGUUUUUGAAACAGAAACCUGUUUCCCAUGCCCGCAAGAGGGAUGUCCAAAUAUGGGUCACUUUGCAGAUAAAUUCAAAGGGAAAUUUAAAAAUGAUUUUGUGAAAUUUUACCUGAAUACAGGAGAGACAAAGGAUUUUGCUCUUUGGAGGUACAAAGUAACCGUGACACUCUCUGGAAAGAGUAAAGUUAAAGGAUAUGUAAAUAUUGCCCUGUAUGGAAGUGGUGGGAACACAAGGCAGCACCAGAUCGUCAAGGGAACCCUCAAGCCAGAUAACUCUUACACAAGCUUCAUUGAUGCAGAAGUUAACAUUGGAACAGUUACAAAGGUUAAAUUUCUUUGGAACAACAACUGGAUAAAUCCAACUCUUCCAAAACUAGGAGCUGCGACUAUCACAGUACAAUCUGGAGAAACUGGAAAGGAAUUCCGUUUUUGUGGUUCUGAGACAGUGAGGGAGGAUGUUCUGCAAACUCUUACUCCUUGCUAA